AUGUCGCCUUUGUCUGCGGCGCGGGCGGCCCUGCGGGUCUACGCGGCGGGCGCGGCGGUGGUGUUGGCGCAGCUGCUGCGGCGCUGCCUCGGGGGCUUCGCGGAGCCAGUUUUUCCCCCACAACCCGACCGUGUGGCCAUAGUGACCGGAGGCACGGAUGGCAUCGGCUAUGCCACGGCGAAGCAGCUGGCGAGGCUCGGCAUGCACGUGAUCAUAGCCGGAAACAAUGACAGCAAAGCCCAAGACGUUGUGCGGAGACUAAAAGAGGAGACGUUGAAUGACAAAGUGGAGUUUUUAUACUGUGAUCUGGCUUCCCUGACGUCCAUCAGGCAAUUCGUCCAGAAGUUCAAGAAGAAGAAAAUCCCUCUCCAUGUCCUGGUCAAUAACGCCGGCGUGAUGAUGGUCCCGCAGAGGAAGACCAGAGACGGAUUUGAGGAGCACUUCGGGCUGAACUACCUGGGCCACUUCGUCCUCACCAACCUCCUGCUGGACUCCCUGAGGGAGGCCGGACGUCCCGGCCGCACCGCCAGGGUGGUGACCGUCUCGUCCGCCACGCAUUACGUGGGCGAGCUGCGCAUGCGCGACCUGCACGGCAGCCGCUGCUACUCCCCCCACGGCGCCUACGCCCAAAGCAAGCUGGCGCUCGUCCUGUUCACCUACCACCUGCAGAGACUGCUGGCCGCCCAGGGGAGCCCCGUGACCGCCAACGUGGCCGACCCGGGGGUGGUCGACACGGACCUGUACAGACACGUCUUCUGGGGCACGCGUCUCAUCCAGAAGAUGCUCGGCUGGUGGGCGUUCAAGACCCCAGAUGAGGGAGCCUGGACCUCCGUCUACGCAGCAGUCACCCCGGACCUGGAAGGAAUCGGCGGCCGCUACCUUUACAACGAGAAAGAGACCAAGUCUCUGACGGUCACGUACGACCGAGAUCUCCAGAGACAACUGUGGGCCACAAGUUGCCAGAUGACCAGCAUCCCUGACGUGACCCAAGACACCCUCUUGGGGUAA